AAUCAGCUGACCCAAAUGUUGACAAAGCAAGUUGGCCGCCGGUGGAGGAAGCAGAAACCUUCGCUGGCAGUUUCGGCGAUGAUUUCUCCUGAGCUGUGAUCCAUGUGAAGGGAGGAGAAGCCACCUGGAAACAUUACUGCUGUCAGUAUGGACAUCCAGAACGAGAGGAGAAGGCUGCUGGAUGCGGAGGAAGGAGAUGAGGAUCCGACUGGACUCCUGUCCGAGCAGGAUGCUUACCUGAGUAAAGUGAAAAAUGGGAAGUUGUACCUGGCGACGUUUGCAUCUGUUCUGGGUCCCAUGAGCUUCGGCUUCGUGCUGGGGUACAGCUCUCCGGCCAUCCCCGAACUCACCAGGAUCGCUAACCCUAAUCUGCAGCUGGACAGUGAACAGGCCUCGUGGUUUGGGUCCAUAGUGACGAUAGGAGCAGCACUCGGCGGCCUGUUGGGCGGUUGGAUGGUGGAGAAGAUCGGCAGGAAGCUGAGUCUGAUGUUCUGCUCGCUGCCGUUCGUCUUCGGCUUCACCAUCAUCAUCGCAGCGCAGAACAGGUGGAUGCUUUACAUCGGCAGAGUGCUCACCGGCAUCGCCAGUGGGGUCACGUCACUGGUCGUCCCGCUGUAUAUCUCCGAGAUGGCACACGAGCGGGUCCGCGGGAUGUUAGGCUCUUGUGUGCAACUCAUGGUGGUGCUAGGCAUCAUGGGAGUCUAUCUCGCAGGUCUCUACAUGGACUGGCGCUGGCUGGCGAUCUGCAGCUCCAUCCCGCCCACGCUGCUGAUGGUCUGCAUGUGCUUCAUGCCAGAGACGCCCAGGUACCUGCUGUCCCAGGGCAAGAGGCGGGAGGCUGAGGAGGCGCUACGCUUCCUGCGAGGGCCGGACGCCCCCGUCGAGUGGGAGUGCGCCCGAAUCGAGGACGCCUGUGAGGAGCAGGGCUCCAGUUUCCAGAUGUCCGACCUGAAGGACCCCGGUAUCUACAAGCCUCUGGUGAUCGGCAUCAUGCUAAUGAUCUUUCAGCAGAUGACAGGGAUCAAUGCCAUCAUGUUCUAUGCUGAGAACAUAUUUGAACAGGCACAUUUUAAGGAGAGUGACCUGGCUUCAGUGAUCGUGGGUCUGAUUCAGGUCGUCUUUACGGGAGUGGCAGCGCUGAUCAUGGACAAAGCUGGGAGAAAAGUUCUUCUCAUCAUCUCAGGUGUUGCCAUGGCGAUCAGCACCACAGCAUUCGGGGUUUAUUUCUACCUGAUGACCAAAGUUCACAGCACCACCUCGCUGAGCCUGUUGGUGCUGGACCCCCAGAGCACGGCUGGAGAAGAACCCCACGCUGACCUGGCCUGGCUGGCUCUGGCCAGCAUGGCCGUCUUCAUCACAGGUUUUGCUCUGGGCUGGGGUCCGAUCCCAUGGCUGGUCAUGUCGGAGAUUUUCCCCUCUAAAGCAAGGGGGGUCGCCAGCGCUGUGUGCGUCCUCACCAACUGGACCAUGGCGUUCAUCGUCACCAAAAACUUCAAGGACAUGAUGGUUCUUCUAACCAGCGCUGGAACCUUCUGGCUCUUCGCCUGUAUGUGCAUCGCCAAUGUCAUAUUCACCAUCGCCUUCAUCCCAGAAACAAAGGGGAAGACACUGGAGCAGAUCGAAGCCACUUUCAGAGGGACAUCAGGUCCGUGAGGCCCCCUGCCCCCACCUGCCAAACACAUCACACAUUUCAGAAACUGUAAAGUCUCUGACCUCUUAUCUCUGAACUGACUGGUGCUCGAGACACUGUGUGGGCAUUUUAUAAAUCCUAAUUAAGCCUAUUAAGCUAUGAAGCUGAUUGGCACUUCUUUGAAUCAUUUGUUUUUAUGACAGUUAACAGUUAAACUAAAGCAGCACAGCAGCACUGUGACAAAUCCGCUCCUCAGGAGGGCUCAGUUUGUGUUCAAGCUGUUUGACAGAGGUGUUGAUUCAACAGUGAGGGUGUAGUUCAUGGUGCUGUGGAACUGUACUGCUUUUUAAUGAGACGUGUUUCUAUUAUUUUGUUCAUCCCAGUGAGGUCAGACUGAACUGGGAGCUGGGUAAGAAUCAUCUGUUUCUGUAGGAAGUUUAACCUAAACUGUUCAACAUUACAGAGUGUGACAGUCAGGACAUUACAUACAGUUUUCAUCAGGUCAAAUCCUUUAAAUAUGAAGUUGUGCUGAGCAGAUUCGGCUUAGUGUCUCGCUCACUAACACUUGGACACUUGGUAAAAACAUAGCUAAGUACAUUUACUCAAGUACUGUACUUAUGUACAAAUUCAGAGUACUUGAGUCUGCUCUUUUCUUGCCAUUUUAAACUUCUACUCCUAUACAUACCUGGCAGACGUAUCAUUCUUUUUACUGAACUACAUUUAUCUGAAAGCGUCAGUUACUUUACACAUGAGGAUUUUUGCACAAAAAGCAUAAGAAAAGUUUAUAAAAUAUCAUCUCUUGUUAUAGAUUAAACUACUCAGCAGUUAAUACAUGUACAGCUGAAACAAUUACAAUCAAUCAGCCAAUUGACAGAAAAUGAAUUGGCAACUUUUUGACAAACAUUUAAGUUGUUUUAUAACGUUUUUUAAUGAGUUUUUUGGGUGGUUUAUUUUAAGAUUUUUCUGGAUUGGGUACCUUUACUUUUAAUACUUGAUUAUUGUUACUGACUUUUCCUUUAAGUUACAUUUUCAAUGCACAGCUUCAACUUGUAACAGAAUAUUUUUACGAUGUGGUAUGAGUACUUUUACUUAAGGAAAGGAUUUGAAAGCUUCCUCCACCACUGUGAAAUAAAAUAAAAUAAGAUUUAACUCAGGGGUGAAUUUACAAAAGGACUGCGCUGGUUUUGCAGCUGAUAAACCUGCAUAAACGACAUACAGACACCAUGUAAUUCUCAAUGCACCCUGAACUGCACUGCCAAAUAGCAACUAGUGCUUGAGAUUUAAAUGAGUUAAUAUUUGGCGCGAAAUUGUCCUAUUUCUAUGUGAAGGAGCCUCAGUGCAAGAACAGUCCACUUGUGGUAGUUUCACUGAUAUUUCUUAUCCCGUGCGAAUUGGCCAUUAAUAUUACCGACGUCCUGUGGUAAAGUGACAUUACCCCACGUGCCCAUGUAAAACUAAUCCUGUCCGAAUAGUGCUUACGUCUAUAUUACGCCUUCUCUAUGGACCUAAUGAUGCAGAAGGUUAGGGUCAUUUUGAACCCCGGAAGUGGAACUUUUUUGGCUUAGUGUGCCAGUUCUCGUUAUACAUCUGUGAUAUAACCAAUGUUACAGAAAGGUAAAAAACUGGGUUUAUAUAAUUGGCGUUAAAGGUAUACUUCAUCCCAGAUCUUUCAUUUGAGUAUCAAGGACUUCUGUCAAAGAGAGAGGAUGCUGUGUAAAAUAAAUAGAUAUCAAAGGCGUCAAGUUUUUGUUGUGGAAAUAAAAAAAGUCCAACAUAAUCUACUUUUCCACUCUUCAUCCAUGUUCCACUUUUACUAAUAAUGAUUAAAAUCUGUCUUAAUCCUCACACGUCACCCUUUUAGCAUUUUAAACUCUACACUGAGAAUAUAUUUGGUCAAAAAGAUGGAAUUUUCUCCGGAUUAUUUAGACUUUUUUCACAUUAUUUUCCAUUUGACAAAAGCUGGUACAAUGUAUAAGCAGAGUGUAGGAAAUACAGAGACUUUCUGGAACAAUGCUGGUGUUCACUUAUUGUCACAAUGAUUUUCUUCCUUUAGUUGGUAUGAAUAAUGUCUGGUGUUUUUGAUUUUUAAACUCUGAACAAAGAUUUUUGCAGAAACUUUAUUGUACAGAUGUUUUGUGUUGUUUUUGGGAGGGGGAAGUGAAUGCAUCAUGAAGUGACUGGGGUUUACACUGACUAACUGUGCUGACUGUUAACGUUACUGUCAAUGAAGUGAGAUUAAACAGAGUCUGUGACGCAAAACUUUUAAAAGCAUAUAUUAACAACAGAAUGAAAAACCGCCAACUGUAAACUCUCUUAAAGAAAAAAUAUGGGAGUGUUUUUAUAACUUUUAUUCUGGGAGAGGAAAUGUUUUAAAUAAAUCUGACUUGUACACAGUUGAGACAGACAUAACUGUCUGUUUUUGGUGUUUGCUCUGAGUUCAGUCUGAACACCAUCCAAUGAAACUCUUUGUCCCAGUUUCCCCAUGAUGAAUUUGAUGUUUGUGUUCAUUAUCCGUGUAUGAAACUGAACUGUGUCAUGAACUGUGUCUGUGAAUAAAAUCACUGUGUUGUUUUGAA